AUGACUUGGGAAGACGUGGUUAGCAAGUUCCACAGGUCACACAGCCCGGCCGUCCAGGAUAUUGCUCCCUCCCUCGCUGCUGCUGGCCGGCCUCUCAGUCCCGCAACAACCCUCAAUGCUGCGCAGCCCAUUUUCACCCAUGAUCCCCAGGAGAUGGAGAUUGAUGCGAGCAACACUGUUGCUGGCGGUGCCGCGCCCAACCAUCAUCAUCAACCCGGCCGUCCGCCGCUUAGCGAAGCCCGCAUUCGCACUCCGCUGCCGACUGGUCCUAGGCUGGAGAAGUCCAUGUCUCUGCCGGGUAUCGAGAGCCUCAAGAACGACAUUCAAACCAACGCUGCCCGCAUGCUGUCCGCCACGACUCGCGGCCGGUACAGCUCGGUCCAGGCUCUCUUGCUGUUCUGGCAGGACGACGACGAGGCGAUGAUGGUCCAGAAUGCCGUCAGGGAGCUCGCUGACGUCUUUGACAAGUACUACCACUAUACGUUUCAUAUUCAGACCAUUCCCUCCUCUUCGGAAGGCUGUAAAAGCUCGUGGAGGUGGCUGUCGCGCAAGCUCAACGACUUUGCCGAGGAGCGCGAUCAGCGUGACGUUUUGAAGAUUGUCUACUACAUAGGUCAUACUUAUCUGGAUGGGAACCGCGAUAUGGUGCUGGCAAGCUCCAAAGACCCCGAACGGGCCUCGACAAUCAGGUGGAGUGGCAUACAGCAGAUCCUCGAAGAAGCAUGUUCAGAUACCCUCAUCAUCAUGGAUGCUGCGUAUUACCCCCCGGCCAGGAUUGUACGGCAGCAGGGCGUGCUCGAGAUUAUCGCGGCUUCCCUGUCAGAGGAUUACCUGACGGCUCUCGACCGCUGUGCAUUUACUCUGGCUCUCGCCGAGCAGCUACGCACGCGCGCCGCACGCCAAACGCCCCUCUCCGUGGUGGAGCUGCACUCGAUUCUCAUGGCCCUCUACCCCAAGAUGGCUCGAGAUCCGGCACCCGAGAGAGAGAUGGUAGUGAGCUUCCCUGCUCCGCUACACACCAUGAUGUCCGGAAAUUCGAGGCUCCCUUCGAUAUUCCUCUCGCCUGUUCAGCAAAGCAGCCCGUUGCGGAGCAGCUUCUCCUACGAAAACAGCCCGCAGCUACACCUGGCCAUCAAGCUUAACGACGAGAACAUUGACAUUGACAGCUGGAACGAGUGGCUGCGCAUGAUGCCUGAAGGAAUCAAGGACAUUAAGAUUGACGGCCCAUUUCGGGCAACGUUCAGGUAG